GCACACCAUGUUGCGUUAGGCAUUGCUUUGGACUGGGGCAUUGCGGGAGGGACGUAGUGGGUCAGCCUGGGACGGCUCUGUCCAUUUGAUUUCAAGUGGGGCUCAAAACGGCGAGAGGUUAAUUACUGUUGUGUUUCAUUGCACGCAGCGGAUGGAAGACUGUCUUUCAUCCCAUUAAAUCCAAAGGCAGGAGGUGUGUUGUGCCCCAGUUGCGAAAAGCGCCGUCCCAAGUCUUCUCAGAGGUACAAGAGCUUUUUCCUGAUUGUUAAAUGGCAUCUUCAAGUGGGCGGAAGGUGAAGCAGAUCGGGUGCCCGGCGCACCCGGAGGCCCAUCUGAUCGAGGACUACCGCGCUGGCGACCAGAUCUGCUCCGAGUGUGGCCUCGUCGUCGGCGACAGGGUCAUUGACGUGGGCUCAGAAUGGCGCACGUUCAGCAACGACAAGAACGCGGCCGACCCGUCGCGUGUGGGCGGCACCGAAAACAAGCUGCUGGGCAGCUCUGACCUCAGCACCGUGAUCGGAGACGCCCGCGGCGCCGCCUCCUUCACCGCCGACGGCCAGUCCAAGUACCAGAACCGGCGCCAGAUGAGCAGCUCGGACCGGGCGCUGACGAACGCCUUCCGCGAGAUCGCGCUGAUGGCCGAUCGGAUCAGCCUGCCGCGCACCAUCGUCGACCGCUCCAACAACCUGUUCAAGCAGGUGCACGACGGCCGUAACCUCAAGGGGCGCGCCAACGACGCCAUCGCCUCGGCCUGCCUCUACAUCUCGUGCCGGCAGGAGGGCGUGCCGCGCACGUUCAAGGAGAUCUGUGCUGUCAGCAAGAUUAGCAAGAAGGAGAUCGGCCGCUGUUUCAAGCUGAUCCUGAAGGCGCUCGACACGAACGUCGAGAUGAUCACCACCGGCGACUUCAUGUCUCGCUUCUGCGCCAACUUGCGCCUACCAAACUCGGUGCAGCGCGCGGCCACGUACAUCGCGCGGCGGGCGGCCAAGGAGCUCGACAUCGUGCCCGGACGGUCUCCCAUCUCGGUGGCUGCCGCUGCCAUCUACAUGGCCUCUCAGGCGUCAGAGGACAAGAAGACGCAGAAGGAGAUUGGCGACAUCGCCGGCGUGGCCGACGUCACCAUCCGCCAGUCGUACAAGCUGAUGCUGCCGCGCGCCGCCGAGCUCUUCCCGCCCGAUUUCAAGUUCCACACGCCGAUCGAGGAGCUGCCGCAGCUGUAG